UGAUCGGCAGGUCCGUGCGCCCGCCUCUUCCGCUUCUCGGGCCUGACCUUCCUGCGGCUCAGCCCGGUUGAGCUGAUUUUGCGGCGUCCUAGCGAUUCGGCCCGACGCGCCCCUUCUCCGACAUCAUGGUGUCGUACUGGCGACAGGCUGGACUCAGCUACAUCCGCUACUCCCAGAUCUGUGCCAAGGCUGUGCGGGACGCACUGAAGACAGAGUUCCGAGCAAAUGCCGAGAAGGCAUCUGGAAGCAAUGUGAAAAUCGUGAAAGCAAAAAAGGAAUAAUCAACCCUGGCUAAAGCUGGAAGUGCUGCACGUGGCACGUGAAGAUGUGUGAGAGCCUGCUGUGGCUGAGUGAAGUCACCGCACUCCGUGGGAGAAAUGCCUGUCUUCAGUUGAUGAUGACAAUAAAUUGAUAUGGUUCACUCA